AUGGCAUACGAUGAGCACUACCCUAACUCCUACCCAACGGGCAAUAUGAACCCGGACCUCAACGACCCCCAUGGGUAUUAUUCGCCCACCCCUCCAUACCCAUCUUAUUAUGAGCCAGAUCAUAUCAACAUGCCCCAGCCGCCGAUUCCGCAGCCUCCGAUGCCGACCGGAUCGCCUGCUCAGAACCCAGAAGCAUAUCCCAAUCCCCCACGGCCCCCGCAGAAUAAUGGCAUCGACGAGGCCGUCAGCUCCGCAGUCCACAAUGCCGACUCGUCGACCUACCUCUCUCCUGAUGUUCUGUCGCAUAUCACGGCAACUGUGAUUCAACAGCUUAAGGCGACGGGGCUGGAGAAUAUCCAAGGAUCAGGCCCUCCACCACCACCACCCCCGCAUUCACAGCCGCCAUGGCCAUCGGUAGAUCCGUUGCUGCGCGCUCACAACGACUCGCCUCACUCGAUGGCCUCACAGAGAAGCACCUCGAUCCCGCCACCAAACCCAAUCCCCGGACCUUAUGAUCCCCAGUCACAAUACGCACCUCCCUCCGGCUACCCGGCAGAUACCCGUUCAAGUCCCCAGCCGUCUCCGGAUCUGCCAGACAGACAUGACUCGCUAUCAAGCCAGUGCAGCGAUCGCAGUGCGAAGCCAGAGACUCGUCCCAAACCCCCGUCCCGGGAUGCCACGUUGACGGAGAUGACAACGCUGGAGAAGAUCUGGGGCAAACUGUUCGAGGAUGGCAAGCCGACAAAGAGGCUCGGCCAAUUCUUGCGCGGGAUCGCUGUUCAUCUGAUUGAGGACUACCCACCGGGGAACACCCUUGUCAUCGUUCCCCACAAGUUACAAAAGUUCUACCAGGAUACUCAUGUCACAUCGGAUCCUUAUCCAUGGCAAGACAUAUUUGAUGACCGCACAUCGUCAAUCUCCAGACUCUUCCGUGAGGUGCAGGCAGAGCAUCACCUUGUACAAGACAAGUUAGACGAGAGACCCGAUAUUCCCGGUCUGACGCCCAAUGGCUUUGAGAAAUGGGCAACCUUGAUGGUUCAAGCCCAUCCGGAGCGCGAGUACGAGCGAUUAGCUAACGCAGUACUUAACAUGCCGAUCAACAACCCGGACGACAAGAAAGAGCGGUUCCCCAAGGAGAUCCCGCGCCGUUUGUUCCCAGAAGUCGCCGAUCUGCAACUGAGAGAGGAGACCGAGGGACACAUCAUGAAACACUGUGGCGUCGACCUGCCUCACAUCACCGACGAGGAACGGUCCCAGGCCAGCCGGUCGAGAAGGUCUCCUCAAUCCGGCGACUCCUCGAGCGAGCGAGCGAGCUCUUACGAAAGAGGUCGCCCUCCGCCAUCGGCCUCGACAUCUUCCUCUGCCGUAGUCGAUGACGAGGACGAGACCGUUUCUCCUGCGCCCAUUGAACGCGAGAGGAAACCCUAUUCGGCCCAGCCGGGAGGGGGCAAAGUAUACGAUGAACCGAGCAGCACUCAUAGCCACACCGGCUCCUUCUCCACGACCCGGCCAGCGGACAUCCCGGGAUCUGCUCCAAAUCAUCGACUCUCGGGGGUAUACGAACGAGACCCGCCCUACGCCCGCUCUGGAUCCGGUCCGGCUCCCGCCCAUCGGUUUUCGCGCCGUUCCCGCAGCUCCUCUCGCGGCGUUAACUCUCACACCGGUGACUAUCACCAUUCGGAAAGCGACUUGCUCAGCCGUGAUCACCCGCCCAGGUACGGUGGCAUGUCUACCGGAGACUUGUACACCGAGUCUCCAACGUCUACUCUCCCUCCAGACGACGAUAUUCGGCGAUAUAGAGAGCACGUCCCGCACCGUGGAAGCCGGGGUGGCGAAGAGUAUUAUCGUGGUAUGCUGGGUGGGCAGGGCGGUGGCCCUGUUCACGAGUACAAGUACUACCGUUGA